UCGUUUAUCCGCCGAGAGAAGGAUGCGAUGACCCCACACGUCGCACUUCUUUGGCAAGCUUUUUCCUUUUCCGCACCGAAUUCCACGCUUUCGAGCGGAGGAGACAGCGCCCUCGGAGUGGAGCAGCGAGUGAAAGAGACGUAGAGGGAGGAAGCUUCGUCGCCGGAGACCAUUAGUUUCCCAGGAGGAAUUCCUUUGAUUCCAGCGGCCGGGAGAUGGGUCGGGCGGCGCGGUGGCUGCGGAGACUCUGGAGCAGUAGCAAACAGAGCAAGGAGCCGAAGGACUAUCCCGGUCAUGGCGCCGAGGAUAGGACGGAGAAGAAAAGAUGGAGCUUUAGAAGGUCGAGGGAUUCCGGCGAUGCGGCGCCGGGCCAGAAUGCUUCCACGGCAGCGGCGAUCGAGGCGGCGUGGUUCAAGUCCUUCUACGCUGAAAGCGAGAAGGAGCAGAGCAAGCACGCCAUCGCCGUGGCCGCGGCCACGGCUGCUGCGGCCGAUGCCGCGGUAGCUGCCGCCGAGGCAGCAGUGGCCAUGGUGCGUCUCACCAGCAGCGGAGUGGACGCCGUGUUCAGCGGCGGCGGCGGCGGCGUUGAGCGGCUGGCGGCGGUCAGGAUCCAAACAGCAUUCCGAGGCUACUUGGCAAGGAAAGCACUCAGAGCGCUCAAAGCAUUGGUCAAAUUACAAGCCUUAGUCAGAGGAUUUCUUGUUCGCAAGCAAGCCGCGGCAACUCUUCACAGCAUGCAAGCUCUCGUGAGAGCUCAGGCCGCCGUCCGAGCUCGAAGAGCACGUAACCUUCUGCCUGAUGAUGGAAAUCUUGUGCCGGAGAUCCGCCGCCGGAGAUCAUUAGAAAAGUUUGCUGAUCCGCGAGGCUUGCAAACGUCGUCGUUCCAGAACAGGAGGUUCUCGACGAGCAUCGAUAGUCCUAUCCUUGCGAGAAGCCCAAAGAUCGUCGAGAUCGAUACGUGUCGAACUAAGCCGAGAUCCGCUCGCCGAGCCAGUCUCCCGGCCGUAGAUCCGGCAGAUGACCUGCCUCUAUAUGCAUUCUCCUCCCCGCUUCCAUGCCAAAUUCCAGCGCGGAUCUCAAUUCCCAGCCGCCGGAACCUCCAGGAGAACGACUGGUGCAUCAACGGUGAGAAGUGCCGGUUAUCAGCCACGGCGCAGAGCACGCCCAGAUACAUGAAUUCGUUCGGCAACGUGGCCGUAACUCCGGCGAAGAGCGUGUGUGGUGCUGAGAGUGUUUUCCGGCCGUACUCGAGCGUGACAAGCUCCCCCAGCUACAUGGCAAACACGCAGUCAUCCAAGGCAAAGGUGAGGUCUCAGGGUGCACCGAGACACCCGCCGGAAUCAGCAGAGACGAGAAAGAGGCAGCCUUUGGGCGAGGUAAACUUGGAGGCCAGGGCUAAUUUUGGUGGUAUUGGAAUGCACAAGCCCCGCUCUCAAAUUCAAGAGGCUGCUUUCAGCUUCAAGAGAGCAGUGAUCGGCAGGCUGGAUAGGUCCUCAGAGCCGGGCAAGGAAGCAGAGAGGGAAGUAUACUUGCGGAGAAUGUGAAGAUGCAAUGGGGUUCACAAGCUCAGCACAAGAGGAAAGACAAAGCGCUCUCUUCGCCUUCUUCUUCUUCUUUUCCUGUUUGUGCGAACAAUUUGGAUGAGAACAUCGAUAACAUGGUGUGGAGUAAAUUUUUAGCACAUUCACUCAUUUCAGUGGGUGUUCUCAAUGUGAAUCUGAAUCCUUCGAGCGAGCGAGCGAGGGGCUAAGAAUGUGGUUUUCUUGCUUUCUGGGAUCAUCUCCAUGUUUGGCUCAUCAGUCGCAGAAAUCAAAGCAAGACUUUUGGUCUGUUUA